AGCAUACCGAUCACGACCAAAAGACACUAGACAAUGUAAGAAAACUCGAAAUUCUCGAACCCCAGAUCACAUAUAUACGAUCAAAACCCCGAAACAACAUCAUCAUCAUCAUCAUCGCUUAGCCAGCCUUAGAGAGAAACAGAAGAACAUGUAUCGAUUCAGCAACACAGUGAUAGGGUUCCUGAACCUGUUCACUCUGCUAGCUUCGAUCCCCAUAAUAGGAGCAGGAUUAUGGAUGGCUCGGAGCAGUACAACGUGCGCGAACUUCUUACAGACACCACUUCUGGUCAUAGGUUUCGUGGUUCUGGUGAUUUCAUUGGCGGGUUUCAUCGGAGCAUGUUUCCACGUCGCUUGUGCUCUGUGGCUGUACCUGGUGGUGAUGCUGCUUCUGAUCGGGACGCUGAUGGGUCUGACGCUGUUCGGGUUCGCCGUCACCAGCCGCGGCGGCGGCGUGGAGGUUCCGGGAAGGGCGUAUAGGGAGUACCGGCUGGAGGAUUACUCGCCGUGGCUGAGGAAUAGGAUUAAUGAUCCGAGGUAUUGGAACACUAUAAGGAGCUGUAUUUUGGGCUCAAGGACUUGUGCUAAGCUUGCUUCUUGGACCCCCCUUGAUUAUAUACAGAGAGAUAUGACUCCUAUUCAGGAAAAGCAGAUAUAUGAAUGCAUGUAACUCAACCUGGGCGCAGGCUCCCAAGGCUUGCUGGUCAGGCUUUAAGCAGAAAAGCAUCUUUUAUUUUU